AUGGGACCCAGCUGCUGCGGCGGCGACGGUGAGGUCGGCACCAAGCGUGCCAAGCUCUCCUCUGACGCCUCCGCUGGCGCCGGUAGCGAGGACCACCUCAGCGCGCUCCACGACGACAUCCUGGUACUCAUCCUCCGCCACCUCGGCACCCUCGCCGCCGCGCGGACCAGCGUCCUCUCCCGCCGCUGGCGCGGCGUCUGGGCCCUCCUCCCAGAGCUCCACUUCGUCUUCUCCUCAGACCCCAACCAGAUCGGCCCCGCCAUCCAGGCCCACGAGGCCGCAAUCCGGUGCCUCUUCGUCGGGACCCGGGACGCGGGACCCGAAUCCGUGGCGGCCUGGCUCCCCAUCGCCGCGCGCCGCCUCUACGGCUCCCUCUUCUUUCAGAAUCUUAAGCGGGAGGGGAGCGCCCAGGAAGGCGACGACGAGGAGGGGCCCGGGCAGAGGGGCGCCUUUGAGCUCCCCUGCCUGGAGCGCGCCACCAAUGUCUCGCUUCACCUAGGAUUCCUCGGCCUCGCCGUGCCUCCUGCCGGCGUCUUCGCUCGGCUCACCGAGCUGUGCCUGGAUCGCGUUCGGCUCUACGGCCCGGGGGAUCUCGGUGACGCGGUUUCCUGGCCGAGAUGCCCUUGCCUGCAGAAGCUCACCGUCCGUGACGCUAGGGGGCUGGACAACCUCGCCAUCCAUUCCGAUUCUCUCCGUCAAGUGGAGCUCACUGAUCUCCAAGGCUUGCGGCAGCUCAACAUUGUGGCGCCGGCUCUUGAGGAGUUGAAAGUUACACACUGUUUCUUCUCCAAUCGGAGCCAACCUGUUGCCAGCAUCACAGCGCCUCAGCUGGCAACCCUUGCGUGGAUGGAUCCAUAUGAUCCAAGCUCUGUCCAUCUUGGUGAGAUGAAACGUCUUCGAUUACUGAGGCCUUUCUUCUUUAUUGUUUAUGGGCCUGACAGCUUUCCAUACAACCAAUCUUGUUUAAGUCUCUUGCGGCGUUUCAAGGUCAUCGAAUGUCUUACACUUGCACUGGCCUAUCUGUGGGACAUAGAUGACUAUCACUAUAUGAUGGAAGAUAUGACAAUGCUACCGGACAUCACGAUUUUGCAGCUGAAUGUAUUGGCAAAUGGACAUGCUUUUGGGGCCAGCGCAUUUCAUGUUCUCAGGAUGUGUUCUAGUAUCGAAAAGCUGAUGCUGUCAUUUGUUCCUCCUGCUGAGGUGCAGGCACAAACAACAUGCCCACUGGGUUGCAUUUGCGGUGAGCACCAAAACUGGGAAACUGAGCACCUGUUGUUGAAUCGCCUCAAAGAAGUAAAAGUCACUCGGAUGAGAGGAUCUGAACAUGAAGUUACUUUUGUGAAGCAGCUGUUCAAUUGGGCGACAUCCUUAGAAAAGAUGAGGGUAGUUUUCGACGAGUCCGUUACUGAAAGCGUGGCCAAGGAGUUGUCCCAGGUGCUACAAAGCUUUGCUAGGCCAGAAAUACGCAUGGAAAUCCGCACGUAUAUGGAGGACAUGCUGAAGAAGAUGAUGUGUGUACCCGAAGACUAA